AGAACAUUGAAGUUUACCGCUAGAGCAGUGCAGCCUGUUUGAGAGAAAAGUCUUUGCAAUCUGACGCCUGGCUGAGAGGCAGCAAGGCAGGUGAAAGCAAGGCGUUCGCUCACAAAGGCUUCAAGGAGUUGGGAUUGUGGCUUCAGAUCAGCUACCAAACUCGUACUGCACUUUGAGUACACCAUAUAUUAGUGCCAUCUUACAGCACUAAACUAACUACAGGAUGGAGUCGAAAGAAGGUGUCUUCAGGCGGCAACUGGUAGAUGUUCAUGGUGUUGCCUUGUUCUGGAGCAUCGCUGAGGCAUGGACCCAGGUGGAGAACUUCCAGGCCAAGCCAGAUGAUCUUCUGAUUGCCACCUACCCAAAAUCAGGCACAACCUGGAUCAGUGAAAUUCUGGACAUGAUUUACAACAAUGCAGAUGUGGAAAAGUGUAAACGAGAUGCCAUUUUCAACCGUGUUCCUUUCAUGGAGCUGAUCAUUCCUGACAUUAUUAAUGGUGUAGAGCAACUUGCUGAGAUACCUUCUCCGCGACUAGUUAAGACUCACCUCCCAGUGCAACUCGUCCCCGAGUCCUUUUGGGAAAAUGGUUGCAAGAUGAUCUAUGUGGCCAGGAAUGCCAAGGAUGUAGCUGUCUCUUACUACCACUUCUACAAGAUGGCAAAGAUGCACCCGGAACCUGGCACCUGGGAUGAGUUUCUCGGGAAAUUUGUGGCGGGGGAAGUGGCUUUUGGAUCCUGGUACGACCAUGUAAAAGGAUGGUGGGAGAAGAAGAAGACCCACCCUAAUAUUCUGUAUCUCUUCUAUGAAGACAUGAAGGAGGACCCCAAGCGUGAAGUACAGAAGGUGAUUCGGUUUCUGGGAAAGGAGGUGUCGGAGGAAGUGGUGAAUAAAAUUCUUCACCAUACGUCAUUCAAGGAGAUGCAGAAGAACCCCACUUCAAACUAUACAACGAUGCCAGGUGAUCAAAUGGACCACAGCGUGUCACCUUUCAUGAGAAAAGGGAUUGCAGGUGACUGGAAAAACCAAUUCACCGUAGCUCAGAACGAGAAAUUUGAUGAGGAUUAUGCGGAGAAAAUGAAGGGAUCUGCCUUGCUUUUUCGAACGGAGAUCUAAGGGACAAGCAUUUUUCUCGGGGUGUGUGUGUGAAAGCCACUGGCUUCUCCUCUCUCAGCCCUGCUCUCCCACAAUGAUUAAUUUGAGAUUCGUUGCGCUUUACCACUACCCAGAUAAUGGCCCAGAAGGAGUCAUUGCGUCUCAGCAGCUUAGCUGUUCUGAGGAGCCAAUAGGUUUGCCUCAUAUAUCUCAUUUGGGCAGAUUUGGGAAGAAUCCUGCAGCUUGCGUCUCAUCCCUCGGACUGCUCCUUUCUCAGAGCUAAACAUUUGCCUAACCUUUGCAAAGUCCCUGCCUCUGUCGCUUCCUCCCCUGGACUUUGACUCUCUGGCACUUCUAACUUUUAUGAAACUGCUUCAGAGAGAGUCCCGCAGGAGUGGAUUUUAUCUUGUUUUCAGUUCCCAUGCUUAGUUUACUUUUGUUUCCAAUAAAGUCCUCGCUCUUGCAGA